AUGUCGCGGCGCGCCCCCAACCCCGCUGCCGAGCGUGCGGCCCAGAACACGCAGACGCUCAAGAGCCUGGUAAAGCUCGAGGCGAACAAGAGCUGCGCCGACUGCAAGAGGAACAAGCACCCGCGAUGGGCCAGCUGGAACCUGGGAGUUUUCAUCUGCAUCCGAUGCUCCGGAAUCCACAGAGGCAUGGGCACCCAUAUCAGCAGAGUCAAGUCCGUCGACCUGGACUCGUGGACGGACGAGCAGCUGCAGAGCAUGCUGCGGUGGGGCAAUGCCAGGGCGAACAAGUACUGGGAGGCAAAGCUGGCGCCUGGCCACAUCCCUUCGGAAUCGAAGAUUGAGAACUUCAUCCGCACCAAGUACGAUUCCAAGCGCUGGGUCAUGGACGGGCCGAUGCCUGAUCCCGCGACUCUGGAUGCUGAAGGCGACGACGACGUGCCAUUGAACGUCGUGCAGGAGAAAGCCAAGUUGGAGCGUUCCACUUCCCAGCGCGCUGCUGCCUCCGCCAGCCAUGCUGCUCCUGCUCCCGUCAGAAAGCAGCCGACCAUGGACAUCUUCGGUGACGACCCGCCGCCCUCGCGCCCGAGCACUGGCCCGCCCUCCGCAAGGGCACCUCCGCCGAAGACAGACGCCGCCCCGCCCAAACAAAGCAAGCCCGGCGAUUCGCUUUUGGGAUUGGAUUUCUUUGGCUCUUCGCCUUCGAGCACGCCCGCCCGUCCUGCGAGCACCACUGGUUCAGCUCCGGCUGCCCAAUCUCGCCCCGACCUGAAGCAGUCCAUUCUCUCCCUCUACGCCGCCAAGCCGGCCGCUCAACCCGUUAGGCACCAACACACCGGCUCUGGCUCUGGCUCUUUUGGAGGACUUGGAUCCCCUGGUCUCGGAUCUCCUGGGUUUCAGCAGUCACCCACUGCCGGUCAGCCUGCAGGUGGUGGAUUUGGUGGUAUGACGGAUGCCUUCAGCAGCCUGAGCUUCUCCAACACCACCCAGCCGGCCGCCAAGCCCUCACCAUUCGCCGACCUGAUGAGUGCCACCCCCAAGCCUACCUCUGCAGGCCACACCCCGUCCGGCUCCAAGUCCGGCCUCGGAUCGUUCGGCAGUGGCGGCAGCUUCUUCGACGCCCCUCUCUCCAAGCCCGCCGCUCCCCAGGCCCAGCGCACCUCCAGUAUCGGCAGCGGCAGCAACUUUGGCGGCUUCGCGUCCUCUUCUCCCGCUGCCUCCAAGCCCGCUGCCAGCACCUCGGGCGACCUGUUUAGCCUCGACUUCGGCGCCCCUGCCGCAGCGCCGUCCAAGCCCGCGGCCAUUUCCCCCGCCGCCACCAACUCCGCCUUCAACCUCUCCUCCCCCAUGGCACCCAGCCAGCCUUCCCCAGCAGCACCCCAGCCCACCGCGCAGUCCGUCAACUACGCCUCCGGUUUGGGCGGCAUGGGCGACCCGUGGGGCUCGAACGACGUUUGGGCCUCCAACCCCGGUCCCGCCGCCGCUCCCGCUGCGACCACCACCACGGCCAGCGCACCGGCGCCUGCCGCCAUGUCGUCAUCCACUGGUGGCUGGGGCAGCGCUUCAACGCCGGCGGUGGCGCAGGACGACGACUUUGGCGGCUGGAGCAGCGCUCCGGCCCCCGCGCCGGCCGCAUCCAACCCGUCUGCGUCGAAGCCCGUCACUGGGGUGAGCAGCGGUGACGAUCUCUUCGGCAACCCGUGGUAA